CGGGUGCUUUGUGAGUGUGGUCGCCGUCGGCUCUCCGCGUUCCUCCAAAAUCUGCAAGUCAACGUCUACAGAGAUGGCAGCAGUACAAGUGAAAGAUGUCAACGCUUAUUUAACAGCGAAACAAAGCAACGCACCAAAAGAACUGGCCGACGACUGGGCCCUGCUCGAAGAGUACCACAACAAGAAACUUUGGCACGAAUUGACCCUAAAACUCGGCACAUUCGUCAAAAACGAACAGCUCGCACAAAACGGCACUGAGCUCAUUGAACUGUACAACAAUUUCAUCCAGGGAUUUGAAAGCAAAAUAAAUCCAUUAGCGCUUGUCGAAAUCGUCGCAUGUAUAGUUCCACAAUUCACCAAUUUCCAAGAGGCGCUAACAUUCCUUGAAACGAUCGAAUCGAGGGUCAAAAGCAAUACUGAAGCUUACGCUUUGACAAAAGUUCUUCAAGGCAAUAUAUUAUUAGAUAAGAUUUUCAACACAGAGGCGACAAAAGUAAUUAUUGAUGAUGUUGAUAAAAUUCUCGAUGAAUUUGAUGGAAUUACAUCUGUCCAUGGGAGGUACUAUCUACUGGCUAGUAAAUAUUUUAAGCUUCAGUCUGAUCAUGCUGGUUAUUACAGAAUGGCCUUGCGGUAUUUGGGCUGUAUCGAACUGUCAGAACUUAGUGCUGCUGAUCAAGUCCAACAUGCCUUUUACCUUGGCCUUGCCGCACUCCUCGGUGAAGGGGUUUACAAUCUUGGAGAGCUUUUGGCCCAUCCGAUUCUUGACAGUUUAACGGAUACUCAGUACGCUUGGCUCAUCGAUCUCCUGUAUGCUUUCAAUUCAGGUGACAUUACUAAGUUUGAAACAAUGAAGCCGAAAUGGAGUGUCACUGCUGCACUUGUCGAACAAGAAGUUAAACUUAAGGAAAAAAUAAGACUUUUGUGUUUAAUGGAGAUGACUUUUAAAAGAGCCUCUAACAAACGAGAGUUAACCUUUGCUGAAAUAGCACAGGCGACUAAAUUACGCGUAAACGAAGUCGAACUUCUUGUCAUGAAAGCUUUGUCUGAAGGUCUGGUUAAAGGUUCGAUCGAUCAGGUCAGCAGUACUGUUCACAUGACUUGGGUUCAACCUAGAGUGCUCAACAAACAACAGAUAUCUUCAGUUGUUGAUCGACUCAACGUUUGGUGCAGAGAAGUUCAAGAAAUGGAAACUCUUUUAGAAGACAAGGGCCAUGAUUUUCUUACACUUUAAUGAAUUAAUUAUGUUAAUUGAUUCUUAAAUGCAAAUCGAGUUUUAAUAUCAUAUUUUGUAAGUCAUAAAUUGAGAUGUUUUAUAUUUUCAUCUAAAUUUUUCUCACACUAAGAUGUAAAUAGAUGGCUUUUAUUGUAA